AUGGCUGUACCAAAGAGAGUGAAAUUUUCAUUGGCUACUUUAUUCAUUCAAGCUGUUUUCAUCAUCAUUUACGCUAUCAUUGUUGAUUACGAAGAUGCUGCAGAUCCGACGAAGUCCGACAACGACUAUCCUACACCUAAAUAUUAUCCAAUGUACCAGGACAUACAUGUGAUGAUUUUUGUUGGGUUUGGUUUCCUGUACACCUUUCUAUACCGCUACGGGUACUCUGGAGCCGGCAUCAACAUCCUUCUCGGAGCUGUAACAAUACAAUGGACGCUGAUCGUACGGGCACUCUUCUUCCACGAACUCGCCUCAGGGGUUCGAGUCAAAAUGUCCUUAACUGAGUUGAUAAAUGGCGAUUUUAACGCAGCCACAGUACUGAUCUCGUUUGGGGCUCUGAUAGGAAAAACAGGUCCUCUACAGCUUCUGGUCAUGGUCCUUCUGGAAGUCAUCUUAGCCAACCUCAAUGAAUAUAUUGGUACGGAACAUUUAAAGGUGAGCGAUGUUGGCGGUUCCAUGUUUAUUCAUACGUUUGGAGCCUACUUCGGCCUUGCUGUGUCACGUGCCCUGUAUAGGGAAUCUCACCAGUCUUCGGCAAAUCUUCGUCCCGGGUAUCUGUCCGAUAUCUUCGCUCUGGUUGGCACUAUCUUUCUGUGGUGCUUUUGGCCGAGUUUUAACGGAGGCUUAGCGACCGAUGAUGGCAGACUCCGGGCGAUCAUCAACACUCUGUCGUCGCUCGUUGCUUGUGUCGUCGUUACCAUGGCUAUCUCGUCCUUGCUAAGUCGUCGCGGUAACAUCGAGAUUAGUCACCUACAGAACGCCUCACUUGCUGGUGGAGUGGCCGUAGGAACAUGCGCAAACAUGCCGAUUAAACCUUGGGGAGCCAUGGUACUCGGGACGUUAGCAGCCAUUGUAUCGACUACGGGUUAUAAAUACGGCAGUGAUUACUUGGCUUCGAGAUUCAAGAUCCAUGAUCCGGCAGGCAUCAACAAUCUGCACGGCAUGCCGGGAAUUCUGGCCGCGUGCGGCGGAGCUGUCAUGGCCGCCAUUGCAACGAAAGACAACUUUGGUGACAGUCUCUACGUCAUCUUCCCGGCUAGGACACCAAACAUCGUUAACGGCACUGUUUACCCCGCGGAUCGCUUGGCCUUCGACCAAGGAGGUUACCAAAUAGCAGCACUCGUAACAACUCUGGCAUUGGCUAUCGUCGGCGGUCUUCUCACAGGUCUCGUGAUGCGUGCCCCGAUCUGGGACGCCCCGGAUGACCAGGAGUUAUAUGACGAUAGAAAUUACUGGGAUGUUUCGGAACAUGGCUUCCCUCCUGAUAUAGCUACUAUACAAACGGGUUUUACAUACGGGUAG